AUGGCACUCAGCGAAAGCUCUCUCUUGUUCAAGCACCUAUGCGAAAUCUACCACCAGUAUCGACAGACCAAGGAUAAUAGAGACAAGGGGCUCUUCUACUCUGCAGAUUGCCGCCAGAUAUGCCGGCAAGACCCUAGCUACGCUGCUCAAGAUAGAGACACCAUUGUUCGAUAUCUGGAUGAAUCCGGAGAAAUGGUUGAGCGCAUUCUCCGAGAAGCGGGCUGGGACUUUAAAGGCGCGGAGGCGACUACAACCAAAGCCAGCUAUUACACCGUUCGACCCCUUACAGGAGAUGAAGCCAACGAAUUCGGAGACGCAAGGCACGUCAUUCCUGCCGGAUUUUCAUCUGUGGAGGAGCUACAGGCGAGGGCGAAAGCAGAGAACUGGACAGGUUUAAGAGUAAAUAUGUGGACGGAUGACGGUGGUGAGAGAGGCUUGUUAGUGAAGGUCAAGUACUGGUGGCGUUUGGAAAAUGUAGAAAAUGGUGGUGAUAGCACCGCUAGUCAUGCUUUGAUCAGUUUUGCUGCUGUUUGA